AGCGUGUAAGCCGGGAGAAGCCCCAGGUUUCCCAGCCUUGGCCGCUCUGUGUCUCCUGACUGCAGGAGCCUAAGGACGACGCCGGGUGUCUCGGGAAAUGAAAUUUCCUUCAGGAUUUGAGUGCAAGACGGUGGUUUCCUUGUUUGGAACCUGAGUGGGUACAGUGAUGAGAUCUGAAGAAGCAAAGUCAAUUGUUUCAGCACCUGUGACCUUUGAUGAUGUGUGUGUCAAGUUCACCCAGGAAGAGUGGGCUUUGCUGGAUCCUUCACAACAGAAGCUGUACUGGGAUGUGAUGGUAGAAACCUUCAGGAACCUGGCCUCUGUUGCAAACAAAAAAACAGAGGAAGAUCAGACCAAUGAAGACGUUUACAGAAAUUCCAGAAGAAAUCUAAGAAGUCAAGUUGUAGGGAGAUUCUGUGAACACAAAGAAGAUAUUGAGUGUGGAGAAGUCUUCAUCCAAACUCCAGAUCAUAUUAUGAGCAAUAACACUCCUGCUAGAGUGGGAACAAAUGAAAACUGUGUGUGUACAGAAGUCUUCAUCAGGCAUCCAUCCCUGAGUUGGCCCUUCAGGACUCAGAGUGGACCUGAGCCACACGAGUAUCAGGGAUAUGGAGAAAAGCCACUUAAAUGGAAGGAUUCUGGGAAAACCUUUCCUGAUUCCAGAUUUCUUAAAUGGCAUGAAAGAAGUCACACUGGAGAGACACCCUUUGUAUGUAAGCAGUGUGGAAAAGCCUCCUUUCAUUUUAGUGGCCUUUGCAAACAUGAACUGAUUCAUGGUGGAGAAAAACCGUAUGUUUGUAAGCAAUCUGGGAAACCCAUGUCACAUUUGUGUGCUGUUGAAAACCAUGAAAGAACUUCCAUUACAGAGAAACUCUAUGUAUGCAAGCAAUGUGGAAAAGCCUUUAGUUCUUCCAGUUACCUGAAAACACAUGAAAGAACUCACACUGGAGAGAAGCUGUUUGCAUGUAAGCAAUGUCAAAAAACCUUUACUUCAUCCAGUUCUCUCAUAAUACAUGAAAGAAUUCACACGGGUUCAAAACCUUAUGCAUGCAAACAAUGUAGAAAAGACUUCUAUUGUUCCAGUAAACUUCAAAGACAUGUAAAAUCUCACAGUGGUGAGAAGCCCUAUGUAUGUAAGCAGUGUGGAAAAGCUUUUAGUUCUUCCAGUUACCUGAAAACGCAUGAAAGAACUCACACUGGAGAGAAGCCCUUUGCAUGUAAGCAAUGUGGAAAAGCCUUUAGUACAUCUGGUUACCUCAAAACACACGAACGGAUUCAUACUGGAGCAAAACCGUAUGCAUGUAAACAAUGUGGGAAAGCCUUCUGUCGGUCCAGUGACUUUAGAAUACAUGAAAAAAGUCACUAUGGUGAGAAACCCUAUGUAUGUCCACAAUGCGGAAAAGCUUUUAUUUGUUCCAGUUACCUCAAAAAACAUGGCCGAAUUCACAGUGAAGAGAAGGUCUUUGCAUGUAAGCAGUGUGGAAAAACCUUUAAUUCAUCCAUUUGCCUCAAAAUACAUGAACGAAUUCACACUGGAGCAAAACGUUAUGCAUGUAAACAAUGUGGAAAAGCCUUCUGUUGGUCCAGUAAACUUCAAAGACAUGUAAAAUCUCACAGUGGUGAAAAACCCUAUGUAUGUGAGCAGUGUGGAAAAGCUUUUAGUUGUUCCAGUUACCUUAAAACACAUGAAAGAAGUCACACUGGAGAGAAGCCCUUUGCAUGUAAGCAAUGUGGAAAAGCCUUUAGUACAUUUGGUUCCCUCAAAACACAUGAACGGAUUCAUACUGGAGCAAAGCCGUAUGCAUGUAAACAAUGUGGGAAAGCCUUCUGUCGGUCCAGUGACUUUAGAAUACAUGAAAAAAGUCACUAUGGUGAGAAACCCUUUGUAUGUACGCAAUGUGGAAAAGCUUUUAUUUGUUCCAGUUACCUCAAAAAACAUGGGCGAAUUCACAGUGAAGGGAAGACCUUUGCAUGUAAGCAGUGUGAAAAAACCUUUAAUUCAUCCUUUUGCCUCAAAAAACAUGAACAAAUUCACACUGGAGCAAAACGUUAUGCAUGUAAACAAUGUGGAAAAGCCUUCUUUUGGCCCAGUAAACUUCAAAGACAUGUAAAAUCUCACAGUGGUGAAAAACCCUAUGUAUGUGAGCAGUGUGGAAAAGCUUUUACUUCUUCCAGUUACCUCAAAACACAUGAAAGAAGUCACACUGGAGAGAAUCCCUUUGCAUGUAAGCAAUGUGGAAAAGUCCUUUGUACAUAUGGUUCCCUCAAAAUACAUGAAAGGAUUCACACUGGAGCAAAACCUUAUGCAUGUAAACAAUGUGGAAAAGCCUUCUAUUGGUUCAAUAAACUUCAAAGACAUGUAAAAACUCACAGUGGUGAAAAACCCUAUGUAUGUGAGCAGUGUGGAAAAGCUUUUAGUUCUUCCAGUUACCUCAAAACACAUGAAAGAAGUCACACUGGAGAGAAUCCCUUUGUAUGUAAGCAAUGUGGGAAAGCCUUCUAUUCAUCCAGCGCAUUUAGGAAACAUGAACAAAGACAUUCUGAUGAGAAUCCUAGAUGUAAGCAAUGUGGAAAAGCCUUUAUUUCCUCCAGUUCCCUCAAAACACAUGAAGGUACUCACACUGGAGAGAAGACCUUUGCAUGUACGCAAUGUGGAAAAACCUUUCCUUCAUCCAGGUACUUGAAAACACAUGAAAGAAUUCACACUGGAGUGAAUUCUUACGAAUGUACACAAUGUAGGAAACCCUUCUAUUCUUCCAGCGACCUUUGAAGACAUACAAAAACUCAGUCUGGGGCAAAACCUAUGUAUGUUUAAGUGUGUUUAAGCCUACUUCAGUUGAUUGUCUUGAAAGACAUGAACCAAGUCACAAUCAUGUAAUGUAGAAAGAAAAUAAGGAGAGUCAAUCCCUUCCCUGGGCUUAUUCUCUUAGUUGCAGAAGUUUGUUGUGCAUGUGAUUGAAUUAGCACUGGUUUCUUGCCAGAGCUGGAACAUCUAAUCAUCCUGUUUUUGGGCUUAGAACUCACUUUUUGAGCUUGUAUAAUAUAAUUCCUAAAGGCUGGCAGAGUGGAUCAUGUGUUAACAGCACCAGCCUGACAAGGGUGAAGGCCCUGAGUUCAAGCCUGAGUGCUGCCCCACCCCCCAAAAAACCAGUAAUAUUUUUUAUUUCAAAGAUGACAUCAUAACAGAAAUGGCAAAUACUUGUUUGUUCUGUAUGCAAAUCACCUAUUAAAUCUAUAAUUGAUAUCUGGGUGCCAUUGGGCUCACCUGUAAUUCUACCUGUUUGGGAGCAAAGACCUACAAGAUCAGAGGUUGAAGCCAGUGGGGUUAAAUAGCUGUGAGAAGCUUCUUGAAAAUACUUAGUAACAUUGAGGGCUAACAUGAAGUGGCUAAAGUGGUAGUGUUGUGGGAAAUUACAAGCUAAGAUACGGGACAUCGAUCCAGUUUAGCAGGAAGCAACGUUUUAUUGUGCCAUCACAGACCCAGCAGACUUGUGUCCAAAGUCUGAGCCUGAGAACAAAGAGGU